AUGGGAGCAGUCAACCAAACAGUUAUAUCAGAAUUCAUUCUUCUUGGACUUAGUGAAGAUCUAGCUCUGCAGCCCUUCAUCUUCAGCCUCUUCCUGUCCAUAUAUCUAAUCACUACCUUAGGAAACUUGCUCAUCAUCCUGGCUGUUACCUCUGAGUCACAACUACACACACCCAUGUACUUCUUUCUAUCAAACCUGUCCUUUAAUGAUAUCUGUUUAAUCACAACCACAAUCCCAAAGAUGCUGGUCAAUAUCCAAGCUCAGGAUCAGACCAUCACAUACACAGGAUGCCUCUCUCAGGUGUGUCUUAUCCUGAAUUUUGCUGGUAUAGAAAAUUGUCUUCUUGCAGUGAUGGCCUAUGACCGCUAUGUUGCUAUCUGUUACCCUCUGAAGUACACAGUUAUCAUGAAUCCACAUUUCUGUGUAAUGUUGCUUCUCUGCUCUCUGUUCUUUAGCAUUAUACAUGCUUUAUUCCACACUCUGAUGUUGUGGCUGUCUUUCUGCACAGAAACUGAAAUCCCCCACUUUUUCUGUGAGCUGGCUCAGAUCAUCAAACUUGCCUGUUCUGAUAAUUUCAUCAAUUAUCUGCUGGUAUACACAGUGUCUGUCCUAUUUUUUGGUAUUCCUGUUUUGGGAAUCAUUUUGUCUUAUAUUCACAUUGUCUCUUCUGUUUUAAGAAUGUCAUCCUUGAGAGGAAAGUAUAAAGCCUUUUCAACCUGUGGAUCUCAUUUGUCAGUUGUUUCCCUGUUUUAUGGAACAGGUUUUGGAGUACAUAUUAGCUCUGCAUUUACUGACUCUGCAAGGAAGACUGUAGUGGCUUCAGUGAUGUACACUGUGGUCACUCAGAUGCUGAACCCCUUCAUCUACAGCUUGAGAAACAAAGACAUGAAGAAAGCUUUCAAGAAAUUAAUUAGUAAGAUAACAUCUUUUUUAUAA